UCCUGGUCGUGCUGGGCUUCUACAGGCGGCGACCCGAAGCUGUUGGAAGCUGAAGGGCUAUGGCCGCUGCGGGAUCUGUGAGGGCCUCGUUGCAGGUGGCGGAAGUGCUAGAAACCGUCGUGAGCUGCUGCUUGGGGCCCGAAGGGCGGCAAGUUCUGUGUACCAAGCCCACUGGCGAGGUGCUGCUCAGCCGGGAUGGCGGCCGCCUCCUGAAGGCGCUACACUUAGAGCAUCCCAUAGCCAGGAUGAUGGUGGCAUGUGUUUCCAGUCAUCUAAGAAAAACAGGAGAUGGUGCUAAAACAUUUAUUAUCUUUCUUUGCCAUUUACUCAGAGAACUUCAUGCAAUCACAGACAAGGAAAAGGAUUCUUUCUUUUCUGAAAAUAUUCAAACCCAUGGAAGGCACUGGAAAAAGUGUUGUCAGUGGAAGUUUAUUUCCCAAGCUCUUCUAACAUUUCAGACACAAAUAUUAGACUACGUUAUGGACCAUUACUUAAGUAGACACUUUUUGUCCAUCUUUUCUUCAUCCACCAAAGAGAGACCAUUGUGUAGGAGCUCUUUAGAGAUGCUCUUAGGAGCAUACUUUUGUGGAAGAGUGGGAAGAAAUAAUCACAACUUUGUAUCACAGUUGAUGUGUGACUACUUUUUCAAGUGUACAGCUUGUGAAAGUGGGUUUGAAGAAGUACUUGAGUUAGUGGAUGACUGUUUUGUCGAGUUGAAAGUUGGUGUCACUGGCCUUCCUGUUUCCGAUUCCAGGAUCAUAGCUGGGCUUGUGCUUCCCAGAGACUUUUCCGUGUACUGUCCAGCAGACGGUGACAUAAGAAUAGUGAUAGUAAUAGAAACCAUUCAGCCUCUUUUUUCAACUUUUGGAUCAGAGUUUAUUCUAAAUUCAGAAGCACAGUUUCAGACAUCUCAAUUUUGGAUUACAGAAAGGACAAAAGCGAUAAUGAAAUAUUUACAGAAGCAGAAUGUAAAAUUGCUCCUAUCUACUGUGAAACAACCAGACUUAGUAAUUUAUUGUGCAGGACUGAAUGGCAUAUCCGUGGUGGAGUGUUUAUCAUCUGAAGAACUUUCUCUUAUCCAGAGAGUCACUGGUCUCGCUCCCUUUGUAGUACCACAGGCUUCUUCUCAGUAUGAACUCUCUAACACUGCUAUGGUGAAAUUUUGUAAGCCCUUUAUUCUUAGAUCCAAAAGGUAUGUUCAUCUUGGCUUGAUUAGCACAUGUUCGUUUACACCACACUGUAUAGUUCUUUGUGGUCCAGUGCAGGGUCUUGUUGAACAACAUGAGGUUGCUUUACAUGGGGCAUUUAAAAUGCUUCGGCAAUUAUUUAAAGACCUUGAUCUAAAUUAUGUGACACAAGCCAGUGACCAAAAUUGUACUUCAAGUCCUCUUAUUUAUAAGAAUAGUAGAGAAAUUAAUGACUUACCAGAAAUUGUUAAUGGCUCAAUACAAAGGCCAUAUCAGGACACAGUUGUAAAGAACAAAGAUGAACUGGCAAAAACUCAAACAUAUUUAAAAGCAUAUUCAAAUUUGGUAGUUCCAAGUGUAGAAUUAGAAACAAAUAUAUUGUGUUCAACACCAACAGUGACACUAACAGAUACAUACCAGACAGAUGCAACACUGAGAUGUUUCUCUCCAGACAAAGCCAGGAUAAUGGAUGACCAUGAACCAUUUAUUGAGAGUAAUUCUGCUAACUCAACAACAGAAAAUACUAGAAGAGAAAUCUCUUAUGAAAAUUUACAAGUCACAAAAAAUGCUAGAAAGGGGAGCAUAUUACCAGUGAGAUAUAAGUCACUAGAGAUGUGUACUUCCCAGAGUUACUGUUUCUCAUCUGUACCAGCUGGUUGUGUUUUGCCAGUGGGUGGUAAUUUUGAGAUCUUGUUGCAUUACUAUCUUCUCAGCUAUGCCAAAAAGUGCCAGCAAUCAGAAGAAACCAUGGUUAGUAUGAUAAUUGCUAAUGCACUUUUAGGCGUUCCCAAAAUCUUGUAUAAGUCUAAGAAAGGAAAUUACAGCUUUCCACAAAUAUAUAUAAGAGCUCUUCAUGCACUGCAAACCAAUCAACCCAUGAUAAGCAACCAGACAGGUUUGGAAUCAGUUGCUGGUAAAUACCAGUUACUAACUUCAGUUCUUCAGUGUUUGAGAAACAUUUUAACCAUUGACUUGGUAAUCAAUAUUAAGAGACAACCUCAGGAAAUUUAUGAUCAAGAUUCGGAAGAGGAACUAUAAAAUUGGAAGCUUUUUAUUAACCAAAGUUUUAAUCCAACUCAAGCCAUAAAGCAAGGCAGGCAUGUGACCACUGAUUUUCAAGUUAAUUCAGUCUAGUUAGGAAAACAGCAUAACUUAAAAAGUCUUUAGAAGUACACAAGGCCAGCACACAUUCAGACACAAAUAUUAGAGACUACAUUGUGGCACAGUUCUGAGGAGGAAUCCUUCUGGAUGGGUGAAGCCAAGAUCUGAGUAAGUGUAUCUUUUUUCCCCCUCAGUAUCCCUGUGUCUCUGCUGUGUGUUAGUCUGUGCAUUUGGGGGAAGGUAUUUCCUUAUAGCUCCUUUUUACUUUUCUGUAUCUUUUUUCACUCUUCAUCCCUUCUCCCUUGCCUUUCUGUAUCUAGUUAAUAGAGUAAUUUAAUCUCAGAUAUGGAUGUGGUCUUCAAAUGCCAUCCUACUUUAAUUGUUUAUAAUAUAAAACAUUAUUUGCUUUAUUUAAAAUGAUUUAUUUUCCCUACUCAUAAUUUCUAUAGCAGUGGGUAAAAGGCUCAUUUUCUUCUUCUCAGAGUGUGAGUAAAAUUAGUUUUUACUUUUUUGUGGCCCCUUGUUUAGAGCCUGGAUAGAUUUUUUCCCCAUUCAUACACCAAUGAGUAUGUCAGCAUAAAUGUGGCUUUGUGCAUUGUAAACUUAUUUUCAUUUCUUUAGUUGAAAGUUAAUUCCAGAAAGGAUAUGAAAUUCAUACUAUCAUUUUCUCCUGUCCUCUAAGAGCUUGCAAAACUUAUUCAUGUAUUUGCUGAGUUUUCUUAUAUUUGGUGCAUAGCCAGAGUUCAGUAGUAAUGCAAGAGGGAGGGGAUAUGGGGAUAUACAUAUGCGUAUAGCUGAUUCACUUUGUUAUACAGCAGAAACUAACACAACACUGUAAAGCAGUUAUAUUCCAAUAAAGAUGUUAAAAAAUAAUAAUAAUAAUUUGAGAAUUACAGUUGGCUCUCCAGUCCUUGGGUUCUCCAUCUGUGGAUUCAACCAACUGUGGAUUGAAUAUAUUCAGGAAAAAAAAUUCCAGAAAGUUCCAAAAAGCAAAACUUUAAUUUGCCAGGUGCACUGGCAACUAUUUAUAUAGCAUUUACAUUGUAU